UUGCAGAGAAAAUAUGAUUAUCUGAUAAAAUAACAGAGAAUCCUAUAUUACAGUGUUUGGUAUGUGCAGUAAUAUUAUUGUAAAAUAAUAGGGAAUCCUACAUUGCAGUAUUUGGUAUACAAUUUAGAUUACAUGAAAUAUAAACUAAUUUUUUCAAAGUACCCACAUCCUUGCUUUUUGAUUAUUGUCUAUUUUCUAGAGGAACAACUUAAUUUCGAGACCAACCAUUUUCGGUGAUAUCACUAGCUGGAAUCACUCAUUAUGUUUUCUUUUUUAUUUUUACUAAUUGUGGCUACCCAUAAUUUAUUUAAUAUAGAUUUAAAAUUAUUUUGAUGGGGAUAUUUUAGUUCUGAAGUUAUCUUGUUGCAGGAUUAUACGAUUAUAUGUAAUUAUAUAGCCACCCCCUUCUAGACAAUCAGAUUAUCUUUUUUUGAAGUAAUAUUGUAUUACAUAUAAUGCAGCAUUAUUAUCUGUAAAAAUGGUGAAACCAACGAUGUAAUCCGAUUAUCUGUUAUAAAAUUAUAUGUAAUUCUGUCAAAAUUAUAUGCUGUCAAAUACCUCCUAAGUCUAUUCAGAUACCCGCAAAAUAAAUCCAUAAAUUAUAAGAAGUUAAUCAAAACCAGCCCCCAGUGACUUUACUAUAUAUCAAACCAAUUAAUUUAUGAAGCCUAAGAUGCCUGUACUCAAAAGCUGUGCUUUGUCAUGCGGGUAAUCCCUAGACGAGGAUUUCAAUGGUGGCUCUUUUCACCAAAAGGCGACUUUUGGAUGGCACAAAACCUUUGCAACUAAGCAUACAUGUUGUUUUAUACAAUAAUAUCCCUAGGACAAUAACACCAUUCUUGGAAACGGGACUCAAACACCUAAACUCAUGACUGAUUUCCAGAAGGGGCAGUUGGUACGUCACUCGGGUUGCCACGAUGGAACCAUACUAUAUCACGGAUGUUACAUGCUCGAAUAAAGCUAGAGAAAAAACAGCACUCAAGUAUUAUGCAAUAAUAAAUAUCUUAUUCUAAAUUCGGCAACGGAGCGCCGAUUACUAGCCAGUAUGCCAAUCCUUCGCGCCCAUCCCUGAUAUCUUCAUCCCCGCUUUGCGCAUCGCAGGGCGAAUAGGCAGCAUAUGCUCAGGGGCCAACGGCUAUAUUUUGGGUCCCCAAAUUCCAAAGCGAGAACGUAACCGAAAGAUUUCAAAAUCCUUCUCACUCAGUGUUGUUUAAAAGGCCGCUGCUCUACAUUUAAACUCCCUCUAAACCGCGGAGAAAUUAAAAAGUUUCCCUUUUUUCUCUCUAGCCCCUCUCUGUUUCCUCCUCACACCCCGAACCCUAAACCACUCGUUUCUUUGAAAUCUUGGAGCUUUGGGAGGAAGUAUCUCUGCCGCAUCUCUCUCUCUUCAGUCUCUCGCUGAAACGGUUUCGGCGGAACAAUUCUUUCCAAAUUUGGAGUCAGAUUCAGGUAUUUUAUUUGAGUUUCUUUGAUUUUUCCAGAUCUAUCCAAGUCAGACCCUGUAGGCAUCUGGAGAUUUUGGGGUGGGUAUCAAGAGCUGUUUCGAAGAUGAAUGAUCUCAUGACAAGGUCUUUCAUGAGUUAUGUUGAACUCAAGAAGCAGGCGCUGAAGGACUUGGAGGCCGACCCCAUCCUCGACCUCGAGACAGGAGGGCUCAGCUGUGCCGAAGACCAGAACCUCUCCUUCUUCUUUGUAGAGAUUGGAGCCAUCCAGUGUGACAUGGAGGACAUCUCCAGCCUCCUACUUGACCUGCAGUUCCUGAAUGAAGAGACCAAGUCGGCUCACAGUGCCAAGGUCCUCCGGGGGCUGAGGGACCGAAUGGACUCCGAUGUGGUAUCCGUCCUUCGCAAGGCCAAGAUCAUCAAAGCGAGGCUCGAAGCUCUCGACCGAUCCAACAUUGCCAAUCGUGGCUUAUCGGCUCGCUUUGGAGAAGGAAGUCCUGUUGACCGGACUAGGAUUUCAGUCACCAAUGGUCUGAGAACCAAGCUCAGGGAAAUGAUGAAUGGGUUUCAGUCAUUAAGAGAGCGGAUACUCGCCGAGCACAAAGAAGCCCUGAAGAGGAAGUACUUCAAUGCUACAGGAGAAGUGGCAACGGAGGAGGUGAUAGAGAAGAUGCUCUCAGGUGGCAGCCAGGUUGGGUUGUUGGACAAGAAAGGUGAAGUGGACUUGGAGAUCAUGGAGAGGCAGAAGGCUGUAAGUGAUAUACAGAGGAGCUUGAUGCAACUGCAUCAGGUCUUUCUAGAUAUGGCAAUUAUGGUGGAGGUGCAGGGGGAGCAGUUAAAUGACAUCGAGGAGAAUGUCGUUCGUGCGAAAGACUACAUUAGUGGUGGAACUGAUAGCCUCAUCUCUGCCAAUGCUUUGAGGAAGAGGAACAGGAAGUGCACAUAUUGCGUUUGGGCCUUGGUGCUGAUUGUCUUAGCCGUUUGUCUGAUUCCGAUCCUCUAUGGCUUUUAGACACUCAUUGACAAACUUGGAGUAUUUCUUUGUGAAACUGAGAACAGUGUUAUUGUUGAUGCUUGUAUACGUCUCUAAUCUUCUGGUUUAGUUGGUAUAUUUCCAAGAAUUGGUUGUAGUUACUUUUGUUUAGUCAUAUUCUAAUGGUCCUUUUUGGAGAAAUCUAAUAACUGGGAGAACAAUUGGUGGAAAUUGAAUUGGAGAUCUGGUCUGCAGGCUUGAUGUUUUUCUACAAAGAAUGCAGUUUUUUCCUCA